GAUGGUGAUGGUAGUGUCAGUAGGUACGAGUAGAAAUAUGACUUAAAAAGCAGAUAUGUGAAUCCAUAAAACAUUUUUUAUUGUAAAUUCGUAGUGCCAUGUAUUUAUCAAUGAACUUCAGUAAACAUAAACGUUAGUCGUUCAGAAAAUGACGGUUCCCACUAGAAUUGCAAUAUCUAAAGUGUAUAAUUUUACUAGUGCUUCAACAUAUAAAAAAUAUAAGAAUUUUUUCUUUAUUCUUCUAAUUGUUUCAAUAUUUAUAGCAUUAUCUGUUCCAUUUACAAAUUUUGCUAGUGAUGUGUCAAGAAAAUUUGAGCGAGUCGAACUUAAAAAUUUACACAAUUUACCCGAGGUGAAGUUAUCUAACAGUGUAAGUGUUCUAAGUCCCAGAAAUGCCCUUUGCUCACACUGGGACUGUUUUAAUAUAUAUCAGUGUGGUCAUACUGGCCAUGAUAGGAUAGCAGUGUAUGUGUACCCGUUAAAAAAAUAUGUUGAUGAGCAAGGUGUCCCGGCCACAGAACAUAUAUCCAAAGAAUAUUUUUCUCUCUUGAAAGCUGUGAUUAACUCUAAAUAUUAUACGGCUAAUCCAGAAGAAGCCUGCAUUUUCAUUCCAUCGAUAGAUACUUUAAAUCAAGAUAGAAUACGAUUAAAUUUAACGUCUAGAGCUCUACAUUCCCUUCCAUACUGGAGAAAUGGCGAAAACCACUUAAUCUUCAACAUGAUCUCUGGAAGCGCUCCAGAUUUCUCCCGUGUCGUGGAGCUCCACCUGGGAAAUGCCCUGGUGGCAGGAGCAGGAUUCGACACGUAUACGUUUCGAGAAAAAUUUGACGUGUCUUUGCCUUUGUUCAGUCCUGUGGCCAAAUUAGGAGAAGUUGAAGGCACCUUCCAUGAUAGGACCUGGUUAGUAACCUCAUCCCAGUUAAACAUAGAUCCGUACUUUGCUAGCGAAUUGCAAAAAUUGUCAUAUCAGUACCACGGCUCUCUACUGAUACUUGAUUCCUGCCAUAUACACAAUUAUACUCAACGUUGCGAAGUCAAUUCUGGUCAGAAACAUGCCUACCCUCAAAUCCUGCAGGAUAGCGCCUUUUGUAUAGUUUUUCGUGGCGAGAGAAUGGGCCAGUUCGUUCUACUGGAGGCGAUGGCAGCCAACUGUAUUCCCGUCAUUGUGAUAGAUGGCCACGUGAUGCCAUUUAAUAAUGUGAUAGAUUGGAAACGUUUUUCCAUUUUUAUUAUGGAAAGCCAUUUGAAUACUCUGAUGGAUGUGCUCAAUAACAUUUCCGACAAACGUAUCAGGCAGAUGCAGAACGUCCUGCUGUUUAUGUAUAAGUCGUAUUUUUCGAGUAUGGAACAAAUAGCUUUAACUACGCUUGAUAUUAUUCAAGAUCGUGUGUACCCGCAUUUGAGUAGGACGUACGAUGAAAUCAAUUUAAUGCCUUCUGAAGUCAAUAAAAAUCCAUUAUUUUUUCCAAUGACUGCCCCAAAGUCUCAUGGAUUCACUGCAGUCAUUUUAACAUACGAUAGAGUAGAGAGCUUAUUUCUCUUGACUGAAAGGCUAUCAAAAGUUCCUAGUCUUAUGAAAAUUGUGGUCGUUUGGAAUAACCAGAAGAAGAGUCCUCCACCUUUGACCGAGUUUCCAAAGGUGGCAAAGCCAAUAAACGUAAUAAAGACAAAAGCAAACAAGCUUUCUAACAGAUUUUAUCCAUAUCGGGAAAUCGAAACUGAGGCAGUUUUACACAUUGAUGACGAUAUUGUGAUGCUGACUUCCGAUGAGGUAGAAUUUGCAUACGAAGUUUGGAGGGAAUUUCCAGAUCGAAUUGUGGGGUUUCCUUCGCGAACCCACAUAUGGGACAAUGUGACCAACGCUUGGAAGUACGAAUCUGAGUGGACCAACGAGAUAUCCAUGGUUCUGACGGGAGCAGCCUUUUUACACAAAUACUGGAGUUACCUCUACUCGAAAGACUUGCCUUCGGAAGUAAAAGACUGGGUGGACGAGCACAUGAAUUGCGAAGAUAUUGCCAUGAACUUUCUAGUUGCCAAUCUGACGAAUAAACCUCCUAUAAAAGUUACUCCAAGAAAGAAAUUCAAAUGCCCUGAAUGUACAAACAAUGAAAUGCUCUCCGCAGACCUUGGCCAUAUGGUGGAGAGGUCGCACUGCAUAAAUCGAUUUGUUAAGGCAUUCGGAAAGAUGCCUCUAAAGACGGUAGAAUUCCGGGCAGACCCGGUUCUGUUCAAGGAUCCAUUCCCAGAGAAAUUAAAACGCUUUAAUGAUAUUGGCAGCCUGUAAAUAGUUUUUUAAGGAGUUAUUUAAUUUUGUAGAUAUUUGUACAUAUUGUAGAUAUUUUACUGUUGUACUGAUUUUUAA